UUUUUUUUUUUUUUUUUUUUUUUUUUUUGAGAUGGAGUCUCACUCUGUGGCCUAGGCUGGAGUGCAGUGGUGCGAUCUUCCCUGCAACCUCCGCCCCUGGGUUCAAGCAAUUCUCCUGCCUCAACCUCCCUAGUAGCUGGGAUUACAGGUGUGCACUACCACGCCUGGCUAAUUUUUGUAUUUUUAGUAGAGACAAGGUUUCUCCAUGUUGGCCAGGCUGGCCUCAAAUUCCUGACUUCAGGUGAUCCGCCGCCUCGGCCUCCCAAAGUGCUGGAAUUACAGGUGUGAGCCACUGUGCCUGGCCUCCAUUACUUACUAUUAAGUCCAAGUAUGUGCACAGUUCUCUGUAGGCCAGUGCUGAGAAAUACCAAGUCAACGUUUUCAAAUCUCUUUUCAUCUGUUGCUUACUAAAACAAAUUUUUUACAUCAUUACCAUACUGGUGUUUAGAUGUCACACUAUUUUUGCAUUGGUGUAUUAUGUGGGGCCUGCUUCCUGAGCCACAGGGCAGUAUCGUAUCUCCAUCUUCUUUGUUGAUUCCUGUCAGCUUUAGGCAGAGUGGCCUUUGUGGACUUGGUACAGAAAAUAACAUUCUCAGGUCCAUGUGCUUGCACUCUGCAGCCAACUGGUAUCAGACCAUCUGGUCAAUCUAACAGCCUCUCUGCAUUCAGUUUGUCACCAUUUCUAUCUUCUAGUGUCAUCUGCAACAUGCGGCUAGUAAUGCCUACCUAGAAUUAAAUGUGAAAAUAGACAUAAAGUAUCCAGUAUAGGGUCUGCCACAGAGUAUGUAUUUGCCUAGUGAGUUGUUCUGCACAUGCAGGGGAAGGACUUAUUUCUACUGAGCCGUGAGACACAGGAACACUUGCGAGGGUGAAAAAACAAGAUGCAGCAGAGAUUGCAGUUGCUUAAUUAAAUUCAUUCCUCCCUUCAUUUUGGAAAGAAGAUUUUUAAGGGCAUCAAUGUGCCAAGUUAAGAUUAUAGUUCCCAGCUCUGCGAGGUCAUGAUGCUACAUUCGAGUCUGUAAGAUGUAGUUAGAAGGUUUUGUGUGCGGCUUCCAGAAAGGCUCUUUCUAAAAUAAGGAUGUGAUGGCUGGAGCUCCAACUACUAUUUUGGCCCAUAAGGCAGAUUUGUGGACGGAAGCAAGGCUGUGCGGAUGACAGAGCCGAACGAGUUUGGUUACCUUCCUCCCACUUUCUUCUAUGACAGAGGGGAAAAGUCCCUCGUGGGUUUAGGAUACUGGAAUCUGGGGGGUUCUGUUACACGCAGGCAAACCCCGUCAGCCACUCUGUAAACUGCUGGGCCUUGCCCUCACCCAGAUUCUGCUCCUCGGAUUUCUCUGAAUCACCUGGGGCCGCGAUGCCGUAAGAGUUGGGCCGCCAGAACCAGGAGAAGCAGGGGGAACAACACAGGAAGCAGGCCGGGAGAGAGGCGGCCAGACGUCUGGUUCAGUCCGCGCUGCUCCAGGGCUCUCCUGGCUCUUCCUCCUUCGCUCGUCUCGACCCAGCGGCCGGGGAGCGCGAGGAGCCAGCUCCGCCGCCGUCCUUCUUGGCCCGCGCCGUCCCCUAGCCGUCCUCGCGCCGUUCGCUUCCCCAGGGUCCCCUUUCCGCACCCGCACCAUCCCCUCAGCCUCCCUCACGGUUCCCUCACCGCCCGCGCCUGUUCGAAAAAGCCCAGAGCCGCCGCUCUCGUCACGGUCCGCUUCAGGCCGCCAUUGGCCGGCACACGUCACGUGCGGCGUCUGGCGGCUGACAUUGGCUGGCGAGCGGGCGCGCUGAGGGCAGCGCAGGGGACGCGGCCUCAGCAGGGGCGCCCCGUCGCGGGGAGCAGCCUAGGCGCUCGCCGGAGGACGCUGCCCGGCGGGCGGGGCCGGGAUCCCUCUGCCUCCUGGGCGCGUCGGGAGCAGCGGGGAUCGGUGCCGCGCCGUGAGGGUGCGCAGAGGCUGCCCUAGAGCCCGCUACCCACAGACCCUCCGCGGAGCAGCGUCUCCGGGCCGGCCGCGCCCUGGUCUGCCGGCCGCAGACGACGUGCGACACGGACGGCGCGUCCUGCUGACCCCAGCCGGCGCCGAGGGCUUGGAAUCCCGAGCGGGAAAAGACUACCAUGGCUGCAGGAGUCUUGCCUCAGAAUGAACAGCCAUACUCUACCUUCAUGAAUAACAGCAAGUGUGUUGCAAACAUGAAAGGAAAUUUAGAACGUCCAACACCAAAGUACACAAAAGUAGGAGAGCGUUUACGGCAUGUCAUUCCUGGACACAUGGCGUGUUCCAUGGCGUGUGGUGGUAGAGCUUGCAAGUAUGAGAAUCCAGCCCGCUGGAGUGAGCAGGAACAAGCCAUUAAAGGGGUUUACUCAUCCUGGGUCACUGAUAAUAUACUGGCCAUGGCCCGCCCAUCCUCUGAGCUCCUGGAGAAGUACCACAUCAUUGAUCAGUUCCUCAGCCAUGGCAUAAAAACAAUAAUCAACCUCCAGCGCCCUGGUGAGCAUGCUAGCUGUGGGAACCCUCUGGAACAAGAAAGUGGCUUCACAUACCUUCCUGAGGCUUUCAUGGAGGCUGGCAUUUAUUUCUACAAUUUCGGGUGGAAGGAUUAUGGUGUAGCAUCUCUUACAACUAUCCUAGAUAUGGUGAAGGUGAUGACAUUUGCCUUACAGGAAGGAAAAGUAGCUAUCCAUUGUCAUGCAGGGCUUGGUCGAACAGGUGUCUUAAUAGCCUGUUACUUAGUUUUUGCAACAAGAAUGACUGCUGACCAAGCAAUUAUAUUUGUGCGGGCAAAGCGACCCAAUUCCAUACAAACCAGAGGGCAGCUCCUCUGUGUAAGGGAAUUUACUCAGUUUCUAACUCCUCUCCGCAAUAUAUUCUCUUGCUGUGAUCCCAAAGCACAUGCUGUCACCUUAGCUCAAUAUCUAAUUCGCCAGCGUCAUCUGCUUCAUGGUUAUGAGGCACGACUUCUGAAACAUGUGCCAAAAAUUAUCCACCUAGUUUGCAAAUUGCUUCUGGACUUAGCGGAAAACAGGCCAGUGAUGAUGAAGGACGAGUCCGAAGGACCUGGUCUCUCUGCUGAAAUAGAAAAGACCAUGUCUGAGAUGGUCACCAUGCAGCUGGAUAAAGAAUUACUGAGGAAUGACAGUGAUGUGUCCAACCCGCCUAACCCCACUGCAGUGGCAGCAGAUUUUGACAAUCGAGGCAUGAUUUUCUCCAAUGAGCAAGAGUUUGACCCUCUUUGGAAAAGGCGGAAUGUUGAGUACCUUCAACCCCUUUCUCAUCUGAAAAGGCGGCUCAGCUACAGUGACUCAGAUUUAAAGAGGGCCGAGAACCUCCUGGAGGAAGGGGAGCCUCCACAGACAGUGCCUGUCCAGGUCUUGGUUGGCCACAACCCCAGGCAGCAGAAGCGCAUAAGCCAUUGUUACAUCCCACAGUCUCCAGAACCAGACUUACAUAAGGAAGCCUUGGUUCGCAGCACACUUUCUUUCUGGAGUCAGUCUAAGUUUGGAGGGCUGGAAGGGCUCAAAGAUAAUGGCUCACCAAUUUUCCAUGGACGGAUCAUUCCAAAGGAAGCACAGCAGAGUAGAGCUUUCUCUGCAGAUGUUUCAGGCCCACACAGCCCUGGGGAACCAGUUUCACCCAACUUUGCAAAUGUCCGUAAGGAUCCAAACCCUACUCACCAGCAAGUGUCUCACUGUCAGUGUAAAACUCAUGGUGUUGGGAGCCCUGGGUCUGUCAGGCAGAACAGCAGGACACCCCAAAGACCUCUGGACUGUGGCUGCAGUCUGAAAGCACAGUUCUUGGUUGAACAUGAAACCCAGGACAGUAAAGAUCUGGCUGAAGCAGCUUCACACUCUACAUUACAGUCUGAAUUGAGUGCUGAGGCAAGAAGAAUACUGGCGGCCAAAGCUCUAGCAAAUUUAAAUGAAUCUGUAGAAAAGGAGGAACUAAAAAGGAAGGUAGAAAUGUGGCAGAAAGAGCUUAAUUCCCGAGAUGGAGCUUGGGAAAGAAUAUGUGGCGAGAGGGACCCUUUCAUCCUAUGCAGCUUGAUGUGGUCUUGGGUGGAGCAACUGAAGGAGCCUGUAAUCACCAAAGAGGAUGUGGACAUGUUGGUUGACAGGCGAGCAGAUGCCGCAGAAGCACUGUUUUUAUUAGAGAAGGGACAGCACCAGACUAUUCUCUGCGUGUUGCACUGCAUAGUGAACCUGCAGACAAUUCCCGUGGAUGUGGAGGAAGCUUUCCUUGCCCAUGCCAUUAAGGCGUUCACUAAGGUUAAUUUUGAUUCUGAAAAUGGACCAAUAGUUUACAACACCCUGAAGAAAAUAUUUAAGCACACGCUGGAAGAAAAAAGAAAAAUGACAAAAGAUGGCCCUAAGCCUGGCCUCUAGCUUUCCCUCGUGGUGAAUAUUUCAGACCUAAAGAUCCAGAUAGUAUCUCUGUUCAUAUGUGAAUAAGUCGAAGUUUGUGGGGCUACUUUUUCUCAUAGCACUUUAUUUUGAAUGUCGUUGAUUUGUGCUGAGAAUGGUUGUCCCUAUUUGAACCAAUUAUUUAUUUUUAAAUAUCCUUGAGCUACAUUUUUGUUUUGAAAAAUUGCCAUAAAUUUGGUGCCACUUUCUUUAUUUGACUGAGUUAAUAUUAUUGCAUUAACAUUUUAAGUAUAUAGUGUUUACAUUCUUAUUCCUUUUGACGUUUUGGAAAUAAUCAUAACUUGUCUUUCCAAAAUAACCAUUUUCUUGAUGGAACUCUUCCUAGAGUUUUUACCAAAUAGCUAACUUCAGUAGUAAAACCUCAUUGUGUGUCCAUUCCCCCACAAAUGAACUAAGAAAGUCACCAAGUGUCUUAAGCUGUUUUAUAUUUGUUACGAAGAAGGCUAUUGCUAUAAUAUUUUUAAAGGGUCUUUUUUAACUUUGAAAUUUUUUGUUUUUCCUUUUCUUUUUAUAAAUGUAACAGAGGGUUUCAAAGCAUAUUAUUUUUCAGAGAGAUUUAGUUUUACUUUAAUGGCGUGACCGUGAAGUGGUUGGGAUUUUUUACUUGUAGAAAGUAGACUUGCUGUUUGUCAGAUUUCCAAACAACCUUGCCAGCCUUGGCUGUCAAAAGGAGGCAGGAGCAGUUCUCAACACACCAAGCCUUAUUCCCACUCCCUUGGGUUGCUGCUAAGCCAAAUAGCAUCUUUACAGAGAGGAAGUGGGAUCAGAGGCAGGAAGUGUGGGAAGUUGCUAAGAAGCAGGGCUUGCCUCUGUCCUCCCAGGGACUCCACAGGGACAUUCGUGCAGGGCAGGGGCUCUGUGCCAGCCCUACUCUGUGAGGUGCCACAGCCACUCUGCAGAGGUGACUCUUGGAGCUGGAGGAAGUCAAGACUGGGCCACUGUUUGUGCUGAUGGUGAAUUAGCAUGAGCAGUGUGGCCCUGGCCCCACACUCCCAAAUCUGCCACUCUAUAAACCCACUUGCCUCAAGGUUCGAUACUUGGCUGCUUUCUUACAAUGAGAAUUAAGAUUUUUAAACUGAAGUUGACCAUACAGGUUGCAUUAGCCCUAACUGGCUUCAUGUAAGAAGGGUGGCUGCCUACACUAGUUCCUUGUAAGCUGAACCAUCAAUUAGCAGUUGAAGCCAUACUUUUAUUUAAAUUAAUAUGUGGAGAUACCAGAGGCCAAGCCACAGAGAGGAUAAUAGUUUUUCCCAGCAAAGGUGAUAUUAAUCAGACUAAUUUCAAACUAAAGAAGUUACUACCUAAAGACAGAAUUCAGGGGAAGCAAGACUCAUUUAGAACAAAUGAAAUUUCUCCAGUCCUACAUUUCUGAAUUAACCUCUAGCACAUCAAAAAUAUUUCAGUCAUUAUCAGUCUCACUAACUCUAAUGCCAAAUGCUAAAUGCAGUGUUCUUUCACACUGUUUUAAUUUUCUUGGGAAAUCAAGUCCAAUGGAUGUUAAUUAAGUGGGUUGCCCAUCCUCUUUAUGACGGCAUUAAGAGAGCACUGUGCUGUCAAGUGCCUGGCCUGGGAAAGAAGGGGAAGAAACAAUUGCAUUUUAUCCAAAGGUACACUAUAAAAAUACAGUUUUUACCAAAAAAAAAAGAUGUUUGUUCUCAUCUCAGUUGGCCUCAUUUGGGCAAGUGACCCACAGGUCUUUUGGCGAGUUCGCUAUUUGCCUGUUGAAAUCCUUGUUUCAACUUAGAGAACAGUUAUGAUGUGACCUUAGCAUUGCACGACUAAAAUUCUAAGCCUGAAACCUGAAAAAAGAGAUAUAACAAGGGAAAUUAAUCAGGCUAUAUAUAAGUAUUGUAUUUAUUUGAAUAAAAGCAAAAAGAACAACCCAUAA